UAAUAUAUUCACGUAUAGUGAGAACGUGAAGCCUGUUAUGGUAGUAAAGCCUGAAAUGAAUGUAAUGCUAUAUAUUCUACAGAAAUACCCCUCACAACGAUGUUAUGUAUCUAAAACCCUUUCAUCGUCAUGAUGAUGUACGUGAAGUACACUUGUUCUUGUGUCAUAACUGUAUGGAAAAUGAAUGUUGAGUUGGAAAAAAUCAGUGACAGCAGAGAAGAAGAUAAUAUUCAAACUAGACUAAAUUUUAAUGAUGACUAUCAAAAUGGUGAAGUUGACAUUCAGUUUGAGUGUAAAUUGGAAAUACAUAGUGAAGGGGAAGAUGAACAAGAAUGUGUGGCCAAGCAACAGAUGAAAAGAAAGUAUGUAGGCGUUGCAAUUAAAAAUGAAAGUACUGACCCCAAAGGAACCACAGAGGAUGAAAGCAUGGCAGUGGAAGCUCUGCGACAACUUGGUGGUAUGUUCGAGAGUGUAUCUGCUCCAUCUCCACUACAGCCACCUCCUCCACCAGCGCCAGCACCGGAAGCAACUGCAGCACCAUUUCGCCAGCAUAUCUGCAGCAUCUGUGGAGAUAGCUUUGAGCGGAAGUCUGACUUAGGGAAUCACAUUGUGUGUCAUCAGGUGGAUCGCCCUCAUGCUUGCAGGAUUUGUGGCAACCUUUUUCGCCGGAAAGCAGAUCUACAGAACCAUAUGGUGUGUCACCAGGUGGAACGGCCACACAGAUGUCCUCAGUGUGGAGCUGAUUUCCAACGUCCAUCAAGUCUCACAAAUCACAUGAAAAUUCACACAUAUUUUCCUGGACGUGCAUUGCUUUCUCUUGGCACUUCAGUUUUUACUGCAGUAUCACCUUACUUUGCACCAGCAACCUCAUCACAGUCAAUCCAGCCAAUUUCUGAAAAAGUCUCAGUAAUACAAAUGUCAUCCUACAAUGGAUGGGAUGCACCUUACAGCUGUGAAACAGAAUCUUGCACCAUCACCGAUGGAAAUGUGUUACCCCAUAAUGAGAACAGUGAAACACCAGUUACAUCAAGUAAUCAUGAACUUAAUUAUCAGUCUGUGGAGCCCAAACAGUACUCUCAGAUUACAAAUAUAAGUGAAACUAUUUCUGAGUUUGAUUAUGGGGCAAAUUCGGGACCUAUUGUUGAAUCUGUUCGAACUUUACAGGGACAACAGUGUAAUACUGCCACUUUUUCAACUGCAGCACAGCAUGGGAACAAUAACCAGUCAGGAUUUGAUGUUGGCAAUUUCAAUAAUGUAACACAAGAUGACUACAUGACAAGAAACUGCAACUUCAAUUUCAGUACUGAGGGAUAUGGAGGUGCAGCUGUCAAAGUGGAAUCAGUGCCGUGUAUGCCAGCAGUGGAAUGUUCCUCAAUUGAAGAAACAUUUACAUGUCCUCCAGUAGCAGAACCUCCCAAACCCCCUCUUGAUACCAGUCGUCCGCAUGUUUGCCGUCACUGUGGAAUAGGGUUUGCCCGUGGGAAAGCCCUAGAAUCACAUGUUCGCUUGCACCAGGAUCAUUGGGGUAGCCCAGUAGAGUGCGACAAAUGUGAGGAAAUGUUUCCUGAAGAUAUAUCCUUGCGUCAGCACAAGGAGACUUGUCUCGGGAAAGUGGUAGGAACCUCACCACAACACCAGCAGGAGGAGACUGAAAGAUCUGAGAUGAACAGAUGCUCUGUGAACCCCAGUUCAGAUAUUGCACAGCCAGCCAAAAUUGGAAAACACUCUUGCACAGAAUGCGAGAAAGGAUUUACUACCAAACAGAAGCUGUUUAGGCACAUGUGGAUUCAUCGCAAGCGCCCUCAUGUUUGUGAGAUAUGUGGAAUUGGCCUAGAAGAUCGUGGGAUUCUGGAUGAGCAUCGUCGCACCCAGCACCCUGCUGACUCACCCUUUACAUGCACUGAGUGUGGUAAGAGCUUCGCUAGUCGACAAGGACUGUGGGAACAUGGUCGUAUGCAUGCAGGUAAAGGAUCUCCAGGGAGGUCCCCAUUCCUAUGCCAGCGCUGUGGAAAAUGCUUUGCAAGUCGCCAGGGUCACCUUAUUCACACGCGUACCCAUACUGGGGAACGUCCUUAUGGUUGUCGCUUCUGUUGGAAGGCUUUUCGUGAUGGGGGAACCCUUCGUAAACAUGAACGUAUUCACACAGGUGAACGUCCUCAUGUCUGUCCCCUUUGUCCUCGAGCAUUUAAUCAAAAGGUGGUGCUACGUGAACAUGUGCGCUGGGUACAUGCGGCACGAAACUUGGAUGGCUGCCAGCUGUGUGGUUAUGUGGUUACAGACAGGGAGGCUCUCUGUGCACAUAUUGUGAAGCACAGUGACGAACUUGCAGCUGCUGCAAAGGCAGCAAAAGGGAAAGUGGAACCUUCCAAAUCUGCUGCUGCACAUGACGUUUUGAACAGAUUAAAUCAAACAGAACCUCCAGCUUCACUGCCACCAGAACAUUAUAUCAUGUCCAGUGAUGGAUUGCCUUCAGAUAUGAACAGUGUGACUGGGUCAGAGUUAAAAACUGAAUACACAUGUGACAUGUGUCAUGAAGUUUUCAAGUUUAGAAGCGAACUAUUAGAUCACGUUCGUAUCCAUAUCUAAAAUUAGGUCAAUGAUGAACCGCAAGAUAUCACUAUUUAUUUCUUGAGUUUACUGAAAUAUUACUUAACCUUUUGUCUUCUUGUCUGCUGUGUAAAAACAUAAAAGUUAGAAUCUACAAAACUAUAAUUUUGCCUUUGGUUGU